AACCAUCCUAUGCUGUAUAUUUUUGUGUAGGAUCAAUUUAUUGAAGGGGCUUAAUUAUCCUUCUCCCAUAGAAUAAAAUCUCAGACGAUGGGUCCGGCGCCGGCGACCUUGUCGUCGGUGGUGGCGUUAAUACUAAAAGACGACGCAUCUGAUUGGUGGGCUUUUAUUAACGAAUCAACACAAUGGCAGACUUUCAUUUUUCACCUUCUCGCUGCCCUUUUUGGGAUCCUCUCGGUCACUGCUCUUGUACAAUUGUUACGGAUCCAGUUGAGACUGCCGGAGUAUGGAUGGACCACUCAGAAGGUUUUCCAUUUUCUUAACUUCUUGGUCAAUGGAGUUCGAUGUGUUGUUUUUGUUUUUCGUCAAGAUGUUCAGAAUUUGCAACCAGAGAUUGUACAGCAUCUGUUGCUUGAUGUGCCAAGUCUUGCAUUUUUCACAACUUAUACGCUGUUAGUUUUAUUCUGGGCAGAAAUAUACUAUCAGGCACAUGAAGAAUGUGCCGAUGGACUCAGGCCAAGUUUCUUGAUAAUCAACAGCGUUGUUUAUGCCAUUCAGAUUGUGAUGUGGUUGGUUAUAUGGUGGAAUCCCAUCCCAGUUCUAGUCAUCAUAUCAAAGGUGUUCUUUGCUGCUAUAUCAUUGUUCACGGCCUUGGGAUUUCUCCUAUAUGGUGGAAGGCUCUUCUUGAUGUUAAAACGAUUUCCAGUGGAAUCAAAAGGGCGUCAUAAGAAGUUACAGGAGGUUGGCUAUCUUACUACCAUAUGUUUUACAUGCUUUCUUAUCAGAUGCAUAAUGAUUUCCUUUAAUGCAUUUGAUAAAGCUGCCAACCUCGACGUUUUGUAUCACCCGGUUCUGAGCUUCUUUUAUUAUCUGUUGGUGGAGAUACUGCCAUCAGCCCUUGUCCUUUUCAUUUUGAGGAAGUUGCCUCCAAAGCGUGGAAUCACACAAUACCGCCCAAUCCGCUGACUACCAUAGAGAAUAUACGAUGUUGUAAACUGUAAUGGGGUCAAUAACUGAACAAAUUAGUGGAUCUGUUAUCUUCUUGUGAUGCUGGAGAUCUAACCUGUAGGAGAAGAGAGAAUCAGGAUGGAAAGUAUGAACAGAUAAUUGAUGUAAACAGUAGAAAGGCAAUUCAUAAUAUCUCUGUUCAUACCAUGUCAGUAUGAAUUCGGUGUAGGCAGAAGUCUUGCUUAGAAGGGAAAACAAUUGGGAGCACAUUGUGAUAUAAAAAAUUCGUCCCGAUC